AUCAGGGCAUCGCGGGAUUUGCACAAGCGCACCAAUAUUACUUUCAUAAUGUGUCCCUAAUUAUACGAAGUUGGUAAUGGUCUGCUUUGAAGUUCCGGAAGAAGACAAGGGAAGAAGAGAGACUAGCAAUGUUGUUUGUGCUCUGAGUGAAAAUUCGGCAUCUCAUAUUACUUUUGCUGAUGGCGGAAUUCCCUCCACACACUAAACACUCGUUAUUGUAGAGUUUUGGGUGCAAACGUUUUCACUUUUGUUUUGAGAGGGGUGUGGUUGUUGUCUGGUUGCCAUGGAGGACCGCCCGACGACAAUAAGGGUGUAUCCAGGGGAGUUGAGGCCAGUUUACUACACUUCAGUUCUGGCUUCCCAAACUACCGCCACCCUUGAGGUGAUACGAUUAGCUCUGGAGCGACUGCAGAUUUUCGAAGACAAGACACUCUAUGAGCUACACGAGGGUUGCCCCGGCGACGAGGACAACUGGGACCCUCCCCAAGAAGGGGGAAAACCCCGUCGUCAGGCAGUGCUAAUUGGAGCUCCAAGGACACGCGAUUCUAUCUACCCUCAA